AUGGCAGACCCACCAUCAACAGAAGCAGAAAUCCUAAAGCAGCCAAACGACCAAGAGCCGUUAUGCGACAAAACAUCUUCCUCCUCAUCCUCCUCUGCCCCACCACCAGAAGAAAGGAAAGAAGAACAGCCAAAACUCCCCAAACUCAGCGCCGCCGAUUUCAGAACCUACAACUCCAUGGCUGAGCACAUGGAAUACUUUCACAACCACUUCCGCCAAACCUGGACCCUCCUCCACACCGCCUGCACAACCAACACGCGCCCCCGCAACCUCUCCCUCCGCCAAUUCCUGCAAACCGGCCUCCAAUUCAUCUCGCACCUCGAAACGCACCACUCCAUCGAAGAAGCGCACAUCUUCCCCGUGCUAGCGCGCAAGAUGCCGGAAUUCAAGAACAAAGCCGAGCUAUUAAGACAGCACCAGGAGAUCCACAAGGGGAUGGAAAGCAUGGGGGAGUAUCUGGAGAGGGUCAGGGAUGGGGAGUGCGAGCUGGAGUUGAGGGUGCUGAAGGAGAGGAUGGAUGGGUGGGGGGAGGUGCUUUGGAGGCAUUUGGAUGAGGAGGUGAAGACGUUGGGGGCGGAGAAUAUGAGGCGGUAUUGGACGGUGGAGGAGAUGAGGAGGAUGCCGAUGUGA